AUGCCGAACAUCGAUAGAUCUCAAUACGAGAACCUCCCCAUACCUACCUACGAAGAAGCCGUCUCCUCCCACCCAGCAUCAUCCCGAACAGGACCCUCAGAAAUAAGCAAUGACGCCGAAAGGCAAGGCCUCCUCCACCAACAAGACGAAACAGCCUACCGUGCGCCGACCGUCGAGUCCGCACGCUCGAGCCUCGACUCUCUCGAUGGCCUUGACUCCGGCCCAUCGUCGCCCGCCCAACGGCGCCGCGAGAUGGAGCAGAUGGACAUCGAGGAUCCCCUCAAUUCCGAUUCCAGCAGUUCGACCAACUCCCUCCUGCGCAGAGGCUUCGCUAAGAACUUCUCCUGGACCACCUCCUUCCGAGUCCCUUCACUGAAGCUCCCCUCCUGGCGGUACUUCAUACCCACCAUCUCCUUCCCACGUAUCAACUAUGAGUCGAUCGAUUCCCACCGCGCGAUCAUUAUUGGCCGGCUCUUCGGCAUCUUCGUCAUCUUGGGCCUCGUCUACGCUUGA